AUGCCCCCAGGUGAACUCCCGGCUAGCCUGGUCGCAGGCAAUCCCAGCGGCCGGCCCACAGUGAACACAUCCGGCUAUGGGGGCAGUUACCAGAACACUCCGACCUCGCCUGAAGACAGCAUUAUCCCCCCGUUUGAUUCUCCAACAACGCAAAGCGCCCCGCAUAAUGGGCCACCCACCCAAGGGGAUGGCCGUACAAGUCGUGGGCUGGAACCUGAUCAGCCUUCAUACCGUGAACGAUCGAAUGCUAGAGACCGAUCACGGCCCAAUGGACGUCCACCUAACAAGUCGCCUGGUAGCUCACGCGCGUGUCUGAAGUGCGGAAACCCACUAACAGGCCAGUUCGUGCGAGCUCUGGGUGGCACGUUUCAUUUGGAGUGUUUCAGAUGCGAGGACUGUGGAGAAAUCGUUGCUUCAAAAUUCUUUCCCGUUGAUUCAGAAGACGGAAAUGGCCAGUACCCGCUUUGCGAGACCGAUUACUUCAGACGCUUGAAUCUCCUCUGCCAUGAAUGUGGCGGCGCCUUGCGUGGAUCAUACAUCACCGCUCUAGACCGCAAGUAUCACAUCGAGCAUUUCACCUGCUCAGCAUGUCCCACCGUGUUCGGCGCUCAGGAUUCCUAUUAUGAGCACGAAGGGAAGGUGUUCUGUCACUUCCAUUACUCUACUCAAUUCGCCCAGCGGUGUCAUGGCUGUCACACAGCCAUCCUGAAGCAGUUUGUCGAGAUCUUCCGCAAUGGCCAGAAUCAGCACUGGCACCCUGAAUGUUACAUGAUCCACAAGUUUUGGAAUGUCCGGCUAUCACCAGCCGGUCAAACCUGGGAGCCGCCUCCAGUGGAUGCGGAUGCCAGUACUGAAGAGCGGGAGCGAAUUCGACGAGAAGAAGAUCAGAUGGAAGAGAAGGUUUACAGUAUCUGGAGUACUCUCUCCACCUUUGAAGAGUCAUCGGCCGCGUGCAUCUCGGACAUGCUGUUGCAUGUCAGCAAUGGUGCCUACAUUGAUGGUGUUCUUGUGGCCAAGCGCUUUAUUAGCCAUGUCGAUAUUCUUUUCACGGCAGUCGACAAAUUGGCCGCAUUCAUCAAUGCCGAGGGAUUGAAGGACUUGGCUUAUGGCCGCGAGUCCAAACUCCUUUGCAAGAAGAUUGUAGCGUUCUUUGCUCUUCUGUCGAAAACUCAAGAGACCGGCGUGCGCAAGCUGGGCGUCACUCAAGAACUUCUGUCGCUGGUGACCGGGCUCGCUCACUACCUGAAGCUCCUCAUCCGCAUCGGGUUGCAGGGCGCUCUCAAACUUGAACGGGAGAAGUCUGCGCCUGAUGGACUUCACCAAUUUCUGACACAGCUUUCAAAUCUCGACUCGCUCACUCUACCAGAGGAUGAAGAGGCCCCCAUCGACCUGAUGGCUGGGGUUGAGGGUUUGGCUGAUCAGCUCUCGGACUGCUGCAUCGCCUGCAAAGAACCGAUUGACGACGAGUGCGUCAUGUGGGGAGAGCGCCGAUGGCACCUCAGGCCGGCCCAUUUGGCAUGCUCGGGCUGUGAAAAGGACCUGACGAUUGAGCUGUCAGACGCAUUGUGGAAUGAAAGCGAGCAACGUGUGUAUUGCAAUGCAUGUGCGAGCCAUGCCAAUCUGGGUCCCAGUGUCCAAGGAGGCUUCGUGCGUGUGACCAAACUGCAGCAGUUCGUCUUCCUCCUUAAGGUGGCACUCGCCCGACUUCUUGCUGUGCUUCGGGCGGGAGGAACACUGCCUCACACAUCGGACGACCCCAAUCUCCAGGACUAUGAGAGCACAGAAGGACAUCGAGUUCAACCCAGCAAGAACCGCCGGUCAAACACGCGCUCCCAUUCGUACAGUACUAGCCGGGAUGGCCAAGAGGAGUCGUCUCUGGAACAGACAGUGGGCGAAAUGCGCCGCCUUCGCUCAAUUCGCAAUGAACGGACCCUGUCCACCACAUACAAGAGGGCCCGUGCAUCCCGCAUCAUCGAUGGCCCCGAAGGCCGGAGCGCACGACCCGGAUCGUCUGGCGCAGACGGCAGCGAUCCACGGGGUCCUGGAUUCCAAAUUGUUGAAGAGAGAGACGCCAAUGGAGAGACCGUGACAGAUCUGACCUUCGGCAACCAAGACGCUUUAACGCUCGAUGACAUCCCGCGGAUUGUUGCGGCCGAGCAAGCCAAGGAGCAACGGCCCAAUGCCUACAAGCAUGCUGGCACCAAGCUUAUUGGGGCCGGAGAGCCGAUGGCGAAAUACAACCGCGGCCACCAACGAGAAAUGUCAGGGGGCAAUCUGGACAUGAUCAUGGAGCCCACUGGUCGUACCAAGCGGUACUUCUCGGAACUCACUGCAUUGGAGUAUUUCAUUGUUCGCCACGUCGCUGUACUGUCGAUGGAACCUUUGCUGGAAGGUCAUUUCAAUUUGGAGGAACUGCUGUCUCUCAUCGAGUCGCGCAAGCCGACCAUCUGGAACAUCUUUGGCCGUGCUUUCAAGGACAACAAGAAAGCUGGCAAGAAGAAGGGUGUCUUUGGAGUCGCCUUGGAUUAUCUGGUCGAGAAGGAAGGCACGGAGUCCAGCCAUGGCGUUGGCCCUGGUGCUCUGCGUGUCCCCGCGUUGGUGGAUGAUUCGGUUUCCGCCAUGCGCCAGAUGGACAUGUCAGUGGAAGGUGUCUUCCGGAAGAACGGCAACAUUCGACGAUUGAAGGAGAUCGCAGAAAUGAUCGACACGAAGUAUGAUCAAGUCGAUUUGGCGAAGGAAAACCCAGUGCAAAUUGCCGCUCUGCUGAAGAAGUUCCUCCGUGAGAUGCCCGAUCCCCUCAUGACCUUUAAGCUCCACCGCCUCUUCGUUACAUCUCAAAAGCUCUCCGACCCCGAAAAACAAAAGCGGGUGCUCCACCUGGCCUGUUGUCUUUUGCCCAAACCUCACCGGGACACCCUGGAGGUUCUCUUUGCCUUCUUGAAUUGGACCUCUUCGUUCUCCCACGUGGACGAGGAGUCUGGAAGCAAGAUGGACAUUCACAAUCUUGCAACCGUCAUGACACCCAAUAUUCUCUACCCGAAUGCUAAGAAUAGCACUGUUGAGGAGAGCUUCUUGUCUAUUGAAGCCGUCAACGCUCUGAUCACCUAUAACGACACCAUGUGCGAGAUCCCUGAGGAUCUCCAAUCCAUCCUUAGCGAUCCCAGCCUCUUCAAAGAGAAUGCCGAAGUGACAACGAAAGAAAUUCUGAAGCGGUAUGGCGACAUUGCCCGUGGCAGCUUCUCGCAGAGACCCGAUAACGGCGGCGAGACGUUUACCAUCAACAAUUCCAAUCGAGGCAACAACACGCCGACCUCGGCGCGCAUCGAAACUGAUCCGUCCCAGGACACUGCCUGGCAGAUGCAGAGCUCGGUCCGCCAUGUCCCCGGCCCGAGUGGCCACUCACAUUCUGGCAGCCAAGGUCCUCAAGCCGGCCUGGAUUUUGGACCAGCACCAGCUAACUACCGUGACCGAAGUGUCAGCAAUGGCAGCCAGCAAAAUGAUCCUCAAGUCCAGAGUCUCCCAUACCGACCGCGGCCUAGCCCUGGUGCCAUGGGUGUCCCUGGAUAG